UAAGAAAUUGACAAACUGUCUUCCAAAGUGGCUGUCCCAUUUUGCAUUCAUUAGCACCAGCAGUGAAUGAGAGUUCUGUUGUUUCACAUCCUGGUCAGCAUUUGGUGUUGUCAGUGUUUUGGAUUUUGGCCUUUCUGAUAGGUAUGUAGUGGUGUCUCACUGUUUUUAUUGCAAUUCCCUAAUGACAUAUAAUCUUGAGCAUAGUUUCAUAUGCCUAUUUGCUAUCUGUAUAUUUACUUUGUUGAGGUGUCUGCUGAGGUCUUUUGCCUAUUUCUUAAUUGGCUGGUUCAUAAAGAGUUCUUUGUACAUUUUGGAUAAUAGUGCUUUAUCAGAUAUGUCUUCUGCAAAUAUUUUCUCCCAGACUUUAGCAUGUCUUCUCAUUUUCUUAAUGUGUUAUCCUUUUAAAAUAUAGUUUAAUUCCCCCUCAUUUUGUUUUCAAUUGUUUUUUCCAAAACAUUGUUUGCUAGUUUUUCACACAUGCCUGUAAUCCCAGCCUGGAUGCCAGGCUGUAAGAAUCAGCAGCAGUUAGGGGCUCCAGAGCUGGGUAGAUGGGAGAGUGUUGGGGCUCCCCAUUUGAAAGUGGAACUCUACUGGCUGAGGGCUCGCCCCUGGCUGUGGUAGUGGAUGUUCUUGUUUGAGCAGACCUUCCAUGGCACUCAGAGUUGUGGACGCAGGCAGGUUUAUCCCUUCCCUGAAGCUCAAGCUGCUCCCUUCUUCCUUCUACUUUUCACUCAGAGAUUGAGCAGGAACCUGUUGUUUCAGGAGUCAGUGACCUUUGAGGAUGUGGCUGUUUACUUCACCCAGAAUCAAUGGGCCAGCCUCGACCGUGCGCAGAGGGCCCUGUACGGGGAGGUGAUGCUGGAGAAUUAUGCAAAUGUGGCUUCUCUGGUAGCGUUUCCAUUCCCCAAACCUGCUCUGAUCUCCCACCUGGAGAGAGGGGAAGCACCAUGGGGCCCAGAUCCCUGGGACACCGAGAUUCUGAGAGGCAUCAGUCAAGGUGGUGAGUCCUGGAUCAAAAAUGAAGGGCUAGUUAUAAAGCAGGAAGCCUCUGAAGAAACAGAGUUGCACAGAAUGCCAGUAGGAGGACUUCUCAGGAACGUUUCUCAGCACUUCGAUUUUAAAAGGAAGGCACUGAAGCAGACUUUCAAUCUAAAUCCAAAUCUGAUACUUCGAGGUGGAAUGAAGUUCUAUGAAUGUAAAGAAUGUGGGAAAAUCUUCCGAUAUAACUCAAAGCUUAUUCGGCAUCAGAUGAGUCAUACUGGGGAAAAGCCCUUUAAGUGUAAGGAGUGUGGCAAAGCUUUCAAGUCCAGCUAUGACUGUAUUGUACAUGAGAAAAACCACAUUGGAGAAGGGCCCUAUGAAUGUAAGGAGUGUGGCAAAGGUUUGAGUUCCAACACAGCCUUGACUCAACAUCAGAGGAUCCACACUGGAGAGAAACCCUAUGAAUGUAAAGAGUGUGGAAAGGCUUUCCGUAGGAGUGCGGCAUACCUGCAGCAUCAGAGAUUACACACGGGAGAGAAACUCUAUAAAUGUAAGGAAUGUUGGAAAGCUUUUGGUUGUAGGUCACUUUUUAUUGUCCAUCAGAGAAUUCAUACUGGGGAGAAACCUUACCAAUGUAAGGAGUGUGGCAAAGCCUUCACCCAGAAAAUAGCCUCCAUUCAGCAUCAGAGAGUUCACACUGGGGAGAAGCCUUAUGAAUGUAAGGUGUGUGGGAAAGCCUUCAAAUGGUAUGGAAGUUUUGUUCAGCAUCAAAAAUUGCACCCUGUGGAGAAGAAGCCAGUCAAGGUCCUUGGGCCAUCCCUGGUCAGUCCCCAGUGCCCCUCUCCAGCCUUACCUCCUGUUCUUCUCCAGGGAUCUUGUUCUGCUUCAGCCGUGGCUGUGCCUUCACUGACCUUUCCACAUGCUGUGCUCAUUCCUACCUCUGGGAAUUUGUUCAUGCUGCUGCCUACAUCUGGAAUACCUUCUUCAUCUGCCCAAAUAGUGCGUGUCUUCCAGGGUCUUACUCCCACUGUGAAACCUUCCCCAGUUAUUCUCACCCCUUCUUCUCACUCCUCAUGAGCUUUAUCUUGGCAGUCUUAUGGCUCUUAUGCCUAGCAAAUCUCCAGCCUAAUUUUAUAUAUUUUUUUGAGACAGGGUCUUGCUCUGUCACCUAGGCUGGAGUGCGGUGGUGUGAUCUUGGCUCACUGCAACCUCCCCCUCCUGGGUUCAAGCGAUUCUCCUCCUUCAGACUCUCGAAUAGCUGGGAUUACAGGCGCGCCUCACCACGCCCAGCUAAUUUUUGUAUUUUUAGAAGAGAUGGGGUUUCGCCAUGUUGGCGAGGCUGGUCUCAAACACCUGACCUCAAGUGAUCCACCUGCCUUGGCCCCCCAAAGUGCUGGGAUUACAGGAGUGAGCCAUUGUGCCCAGGCUCCAACCUAAUUUGAGUUUCAUUUGUAUUUUUUUCCUCACCUUACAUGUGUUACAGCUGUGUCAACAUAAACUCCAUUAUAAUCUAUAUACAUUUAAAGACCGUGUUUACAUAAUCUCUUCUGGGUAGAAAAUGGAAAUACUUAACCUUUGCAUUGGUCCCUUUCAGGCUUGAACAACAGUGGCUGUAUCUGCAUUGUGGGGUUGCUGGUGGUAGAACACUUUGGUGUUAGGAAAGUUUGGAAAAGAGGAUAUCCCUGUAUUAGGCCAUUAUGAUCAGAGAUAAACAGCCUGGGAGAAACAUACAAGACCUGUGGCUACUGGUAGAGAAUUGGAAUAAGCUUCCAACAAAGGACUGUAGAGAUGAAUGGAGAUUGUUUAGUGGGCCCAUGGCUAGGUGGGGUAUUAAUACAGUUGAAGUUAUGUUGCCCUUGGCACAGAUCUUUGAGAAUCUCAUACAUCUAUGCAAAAGACAAUGUGAAAUAGUAAAAAAAAAAAAAAGUAUGUUGAUGGCAGUGAGAGUAAUAUGUCUUUAAACGUGAAGUUUUUUUUCUUUAGUUUUGCUCUUGAUAGCUAGAUGUUUCUUUUAACUUUUAUUUCCUAAGUAAAUAUACACAAAGGCAUUCAUCUUUGUUGAAUCUGUUGUGCAGAUUUUUCUUGAUGAGCAUUCUGUUUUUUUUUCUUUGUGAGCACUGGCUUCUAUAUUUUAUUUCAUAUUUAUGAAUUGUAAAUAUGAAUUUAAUGAAUUACUAAAGAAAUAAAAAUAAUGAUGUCAAGCCAACUCGAGGGGAAUCUGAAUAAGCCUCCAAAAUUGUUUUUUUUUAAGAAAUAAAGGGAGCUGUGUAGUGGGUCAGUGGCUAGGCUUAUGUGGUAGGUUAGUGAAGUGGAAUUUGGGGUUGCUAUUGGAAGUGGCCUUGAUGAGGAUCCUUUACAACUAUUCAGAGGACUGUGUGAAGUAAUUACUGGAAAAAGAACUUGAAUUUUGCAUUUACUGGCAUUAAUGUAAACAUUAAGUCCUAAGCAUUGAUGGAAGGGUCCAUACAUUUUUUUUUUUUUUUGCUGCUGUUGCUAUCUAGAUGUUUCUGUAUAGCAAUUAAUAGCAAAACCUUUACAUUCUUGGUUUUUAAACUUUACCGUGUGCCUGAAUUACAUAGUGUGCUUGUAAAAAGAAGAGUUUUCUGUCUUGUACAAAUUCUGAUUUUGGCUAUCUGUGGUGAUGGCCAGAUCUUUAGCAUGGACCAUACUCUGAGAGAUAUGCUUCAAACAGAAAAUGCCCACCCCUCCUCCUUUACCCAGCAUAAACUCUAUGGUUAAUUCUUAAAAUAAUUGCCUUACAGUCUCCGUUAACUCCCUUGCCCUUCUCUUGCUUUGUCAUGCUCGCUUGGCAAAACCUCAUCUCUGACUAAAUGCAGUUCUUUGCCUUCUCUUUUCCUGCACCAAAAGUGAUCAGGAGAAAGCAUAUUACCAGGCUGAAUUGUCACUUUAAAUUCAUGACCAGUAACUUCAUGGAGGCCCUUAAUGUUUCCUGAUGGUCAUACUACAAUUUUUGGAGUCCACUUAACUCCCCUGCUUUCCUAGGCCACUACUUUAUACUUCCUCUCUUCUGUAACUUCCAGAGCAUCCCUCUCAGUUCUCAUGCUCAGCUGAUGGUUAUGUUUCUGCCUUUGGCGAGAGAACAGCAAGCUCCAGAAAGUGGCUGCGCCUUCAGCCCCAUGCUAGAAUGAGAACAUAUGGAGCCAACUUGAGUUCGGAAGGGCUGUGGCCACCUCGUUUCGCCCAUCUACUUUUCAGCUUGCCGUAUCUGAUUCUUCACCACCAUAUUCUCAGUCACUUCCACUAAACAGUGCCACUGUUUUAAGGUUCUGUCACUCUCAGUAACCCACUUCUGGUUCCUCAUUCCAUGUCAGUGAUCAGCAGUAGACUGAAGAAUCCACCUUAGAUUUGCUCCAUACUAUUAAUUAGCUUACAAAAUGUCUAAGAGGAGCUAAGCUGGGAUGCCACAUAGGCAGAAGCCAGGAAAAAUGACCAACCACAGAACCAAGUGGUUCCAGUGGAAACUCAGCAGCUGCUGGUGCCUGCUACUGGACUGCCACCCCCAUUGAAGAGACUGGACCACCAGGAAGGUCGUUUCACAUUCUGUAGUAAAAAUACCCCUACAAUCAUUUUGGUAGGGUCUUCUGUCUUCAGCUAGGGUGUACCUGCUCGAUGGGAGUUGGUUAUAUAUGUAUGUCCAAGUUGCAGGGGCUUCUGGGAAAUACAGUUUUUGAAUUCUGCCUGGGAAGAGAGUCAUAAUAUGAAGAAGUCUGAAAAUGGGGAACGGAUUUUCAGAAUAUGUUGGGCAGCUGUAAAAUAUCAGAUACCCAUUAUAGGCAUUGAAGGUUACCUAAAUGACAGAAGGAUGCACUAUAUUCAUGGGUAGGAAAGAUUAGUUUCAUCAAGAUUUCAAUUUUUAUCAAUUCAUAAAUUAAAAACAAUAUCAAAAUUCCAGAGGGGUGUGUGUAUAGAGAGGCAAAGGACACAGAGUAGCUAACCCAGUUUUGAAGAACAAGAUGGGGGGUUUUAUGCUACCAGAUAUUAUAUACAAUGAUCAUCAAACACAGAACAAAGCAAAAAACAAACUCACCAAACCCAAGUUGAAACAAAAAAAAACCCCACACUGUAAUAGUAUUAUUAUUUUUUAAGAUGGGAUCUUGCUCUGUUGCCCAGGCUGGAGUGCAGUGGUGCAAUCUUGGCUCACUGCAACCUACACCUCCUGGGUUCAAGUGAUUCUCUUGCCUCAGCCUCCUGAGUAGCUGGGAUUACAGGUGUGUGCCACCACGCCCAGCUAAUUUUUUAAUUUUUAGUAGAGACAGGAUUUUACCAUGUUGGCCAGGCUGGUCUUGAGCUCCUGGCAGCCUCAAGUGAUCCACCCACCUCGGCCUUCCAAAGUGUUGGGAUUACAGGCGUGAGUCACUGCACCUGGCCUGUAACAUGAUUUGCUGAAAUUUUUAAAAAUCUAAAAUAAUGUACUGUUUAGAAAUAUACAUAUUUUAUACAAAAUUACAAAGAAAGCAUAGAGAGGUAAGCAUUAGUGGCACAGCUGAGAAGAUAUAAAAGGUGGUUCUGUCUCUAUCCUGUCUCCUUUAUUCUGCUACUGCUCUCAUUCUGUCUCAUCCCAGGAAUCCAGUCCCAAGUGCUGCCUGCCAAUUGUCCAAUACCCUCCACCUUUGCCACUUAUUUCUUGUUGUAAAACAGAUGUUUAUUUCUAAAAUAUAAUGAAUUAAUGAUUAUCAAAGUACAGUCAUACCUCAUUUUAUUGCAGUUUUAUUGUGUUUUGUGGAUAUUGCAUUUUUUACAAACUGAAGGUUUCUGGCAAGCCUGUGUUGAGCAAGACUAUCAGUGCCAUUUUUUUUCAACAGCAUGUGCUCACUUCAUUUUUCUGUGUCUUACACAGAAACUUACAAUAUUUCAAACUUUUCAUUAUAUGUGUUUUGGUGAUUAGUGAUCUUUUAUGUUUCUAUUGUAAGUGUUUUGGGGUGCCACAGACUGCAUCCAUGUAAGACAGUGAGCUUAGUUGAUGUGUGUGUGUGUGUUCUGAUUACUCCACUAACUGAUGGUUCCCCAUCUCUCUCCCUCUUCUCAGACCUCACUAUUCUCUCAGACACAACAGUAUUGAAAUUAGACCAAUUGAUAACCUUAAAAACACCUUUAAGUGUUUAAGUGAAAAAGUCACAUGCCUCUCACUUUAAAUCAAAAGCUAGAAAUGAUUAAGCUUAGUGAGGAAGGCUAAUGUCAAAAGCUGAGAUAGGCCAAAAGCUAGACUGCUUCUGCCAAACAGUCAAGUUGUGAAUGCAAAAGAAAAGUUCUGGAAGGAAAUGAAAAGUACUACUCCAGGGAACACAUGAACGAUAAUAAAGUGGCCGGGUGCAGUGGCUGACACCUAGAAUCCCAGCACUUGGGGGAGCCAAAGUGGGAGGAUCUCCUGAAGCCAGGAGUCCGAGAUCAGCUUGGGCCACAAAGUGAGACCCCUGUCUCUACAAAAA